UUCAAUCUGUGCAUCCUGCAAGGGUUGAGCAGUUCCAGCUCGAACAUCCUUCAAGGCCUGGGCAGGUCCAACCAGCGCCCCACACCUUGACCCUGCAAAGCUUGCAGAAAGGAACUGCAUCUAGGACAGGAUCAGUGUCCCCAGGCUUGUUCUCCCAGAUUCUGCCUGGGCGCCCCUGCUUCAGCACCCAGGGCCUUUUGCUCCGGCUCUCUGUUGCUUGAUCUUUGCCAGAAUGGUCCAACCUCAGACCUCCAAAACAGAAAGCUCAGCCUCUGCCUCUGGUGCCAGCGCACAGAUGGAUGAUGUGGCUGACACCCUGACCUCCUUGCGACUCACCAACUCUGCACUGAGGCGCGAGGCCUCCACGCUGAGAGCCGAGAAGGCCAACCUCACCAACAUGCUGGAGAGCGUGAUGGCGGAGCUCACAUUGUUGCGCACCCGGGCGCGCAUCCCUGGCGCUCUGCAGAUCACUCCGCCUAUCUCUGCCAUCACCUCCAAUGGGACUCGACCCAUGACCACACCGCCCACCUCGCUGCCUGAACCUUUCUCUGGAGACCCCGGCCAGUUGGCGGGGUUCCUGAUGCAGAUGGACAGGUUCAUGAUCUUUCAAGCUUCCCGCUUCCCGGGUGAAGCCGAGAGAGUGGCCUUCCUGGUGUCCCGACUGACUGGGGAGGCGGAGAAGUGGGCCAUCCCCCACAUGCAGCCGGACAGCCCUUUGCGAAACAACUACCAGGGCUUUCUGGCCGAGCUGCGCAGAACCUACAAAUCCCCGCUGAGGCACUCGAGGCGUGCGCAAAUCCGGAAGACUUCUGCAUCCAAUAGGGCUGUGCGGGAGCGGCAGGUGUGUCGCCAAGUGGCCACACCGGGCACAGGGCCCUGCCCAGUGCAUCCAGCCUCCAACGGGACCAAUCCUGCACCAGCCUUGCCCACCCGCAGCCGGAACCUUUAGGGACCUAUGACCACCCAGGUAGCUAGACUGUUGCUGAGAAGAAUUGUCCAUAAGGUAGCAUUGUCCUGUUUGCAGACGCCUUUCACUCCACUCCUGAUCUAUGGGAGACCAUCCUGCCAUCCUCAUUGGUCAUCCAUCCUGCUGUGUGUUUUUGCUAGCUUUACUUGCAACUCGGUGCAUGCUCCCCUUUCUGUUGCUUGCAAUCCCAGCUUCUCUAGUAAUCACAACACAGCCCCUUGGACAUGCACCUGCCUAGGAGCGGUUUGGGCUGACCGCCUCUGUGGGCUCUGCGAGCCGACAUUCAGCUUCUGUGCACUCCUACAUGCACCCUGUCAGUUGAUGAGUUCUGAAUAGAAAGAAGCCAAGUUGGUCCUGUAGGUGGCUGAUGUAUACCUGAACCAGCCUGCCCACAUCUGAUCACUUGGCAAGAUUGCUAGGUAGUCACUCUGCAUUCCAGGGAUUCUUCCCUUUCUGGGGGAGCCUGUAUUCCAGCAUACCCCACUGCUGUUGCUGGGAACAUCUGGUCCUUCGCAGACAUUCCUCCUGCCUCUCCUGUCCACAGGAGACUCGUCCACACCUCUCUGUGACUGCCAGCGUUCUGACGGCAUCCAGGACAUCUAGCAUUCAUCUGCUAAGUUAACCGGGGACCCGGGACCCUGGGCAGUUCCAUCAGGCUGCCACAGGCAGCAGAUUCCUGACAUCCAUGUGCCAGCUACGACAGACCGAGGGGGACCCUGGGAACCCUAUUUGCUGCCUGGAUUUCCAUUGAGAGACUCCCAGGUGUCUGCUCAUUCCUGCCCAUGUGGCUCCACGGUGGGCCUUACCUAGCCGCAGACUUUUCCACCCAGGUGCCAGGUGGCUUUCACCUCUGCCUUUCAGCCACCCACACCAUCUCUAGGGGUCGAAGGAGCCCAUGCAACAGUACCUUCUCUGUGCCUGGGCCUAAUGUGUAGCCUUUGUCCAAGAACAAAAGCCUGGCUGGGAGCCAGUUCCUCUGGGAGACACCAUCGAGCGCCUUCGGUAAGGGGUGUUGUUGGCCUCUUGCCGAAGAAUUGGUCGUGAGUGGUUAACAGCCUUGGUCUUCGGGUGGCACACAUUCCGGUUCUGAGAACAAAGCGUUGGCUUCUUCCCAGAAGGAUGACCUGGAAAUCAGACUCAGACUCAGCCGAGCCCUGGACAGAGACACCUGUCAUAUUUCAAUGCCAAACUGUGUUUACACGCCCACGUGGCCCCUUGGGGGAGAUGGGUGCCUCUCCUGGGUUCUCCUGCCCUCCUCUGCAUGGUCUUGUCUUGACCACAAAAGGCCACCUCUGCACCCACCCAAAGCUCUCCCCUCUUGGGAGUCCAGAGGCUGGGACAUGGCCUCUUUCAGAGACUUCCUCUGUCAUUGGGAAAAGUGACUGAUUCCAAAGCAGCCACCUUUGCAAGGCCAGGAUCUUCAAUGCUCGCUGGGUUCACAGCCCACAGCCACCUGCUUCUUGUUAACUCUGUUAGCACAGCAGCCUUGCUGAACAGCCUAGACCAAGGCGUCCUGCUGGCACCAUGGUGCUUCACAAGCAGGCAGAAAACUCCCCGGGGGUUCCAUUGAGGGUACUUACUGGUCCCCAACAGCUGAGUCUCAGGACUUUCCAGUAGAGGGGUCCGUAGGUGAAGCGAUAGCUUCAGCAGAAAAGUGGGGCGGUGUCUGUGGAGGCAAGAGGCACCUGGGACAUUUAUUUGUGGCCUUCUCAAUCAGGAUUAGAGACCCAGUGGGAGGCAUGCCACCUGCCCUGGCUCCUUGGACCACUGGGUGAUGUGUUUGUGUUAGAUUCUGCUUCAGCCCUCAGCUGGUCCUGGAGCCAGAGCCGUGCAGGCUGUCUGCCUGUGUGGCUUCACUAUCUCCCUUUGCCGUCUGGGCUGAAUCACCCGAGUCACUCUGCUGCUCUGGUGGCGGUGACUUCGUGAUUGGUUUUUUUCUUUGUUGUUUUUUUUUUUUUUUUUUUUUUUCUUGGUGUUUGUGUUUAUGGAACUGGGGCCGUGCUGCCCUGUAUUUAGAACCAUCUCGAUAGCUCCCUGUAGCUUGGAGCCUGGAGCACAUGAGAGACGGUUGACACUGCCCUCCUCCUUGGGCCUGGAUGAACCACUUCGAAUCUGUUGCCGAGGAGCCCACUGUGGCUCUAGUGGGGGGACAUGGUUAGUCCCCAGCCAAAAGGACAAGAUGCAAGGCCCAUGCGGCUCCAGAGGGAGACUGUGAUAACUGGGCAUCAAGCUGAGGAAGAGGGGGAGGGGAGGCUUUGUACAUAUCUUAAGGUUGUAGUUUCCGGAGCUCAGAAGAGAACAGGGCGAAGGGGAGAGGAGCUGGUAUAUGAAGGAGUGGCCUUCCUCUUGGCAUUGACUGUUGUGGCCGUACUGCGCCUGCUCCCCAGACGCCGUGACACCCAUCUGGGCCAAGUCACUCCCUUGAGUAGACUCUCAAAGGUGGGAUUAUUGGAUUAACGAAUACGGGCCCUCUGAGACUUUUAUUACCGACCGACAAAAUGGUUUCCAGAAAUUUCUGUGUCCAUUCCGCUGCCACCAGCAAGGGUAAGUGUCUCUGAUCAGGGUCUUGUGCCAGGACUGGAGGAUGAGGACGGCAGCAGCAUGCUCCAGCUGCAUCCUUCGAUUCUAGCUCGUUAAGCAUCUUUACACCAAGUGAUUGCGUUUCCUCUUUUGCAGCCUGCUGAUGUCCUUUGCUCUGCUGAUGGGCCUGGCCAGUUUGUAAGAGCUCCGUAAUGGAAUUAAAGAUAUUAACCUGUUGUGUGUCAUA